AUGGUUUUUCAACGGUAUCGACACCCGCAAACGCUGGCCGAUCGGCUUCUCGACCGUGGAAUGAACCGAACUGAGGUUUUUUUUUUGAAUAAUAUCAAGCUUCAAAUUGACCAAAUGGAGUUAGAACUGUAGUAGGUUUAAAAAAAUCUUAUUUUUUUAUCUAGGAUUGUAAAAAAAUAAUUCAAGCUCAUCAAUUUAUUCUGAUUUUUUUAAUUUUCUCCCGACAAAUUUAUUUUCAUUUUCAAGUCUGGAAAUCAAGAGAAUUUUUCCCUUUGAUACUUCCACAAAGAUUUAGAUGAGUUUUUUUGUUUCCGACUUGAUUUUUUUAUAUUUUUUUAUUUUUAUCUCUCAAUUGUAUACUGUAUCUCAGAAAUCAUAAUCAUCUUAUUUUACAUAAGAAUGGUUUUGUUGGGAAAAAUGUCAAACGAAACGACAAAAACGGUUCCAAACAGGAAAUCCGGUUUUGGCGGAAAAUCGUGAGAAUUUCUCAUAUUUUCGAACUUUUUUGUGUAUUACCGUAACCCUUUUAUUCAAUUCUCAUGUUUAGCAUAUCAAAGAUUUUUCUUCAGGAAUAUUUCGAAUUUUUGUGAGCCUGAGAGUUGAGGGCAAAUAAAAAUGAUUAUUUUUAUUGAAAAUUUAAUUUUUUAGGUCGACCGACUCGUCGAGCUUUGCCGUUCUCCAGAGUGCAUCGCCUUGUUGGAGUCAGUUUUUUUUUUCUGAUUUUCCAGUGGGAAGUAUAAUUGGAGCUUCUAGAAUUUGUCCUUCGCAAUUAUUUCCGUGUAAUGAUUGCUCCGUAGUCCGAACAAAUUGGAAAAAAAAAGUAAAGUAAAAUGAAAAGAUGAGGUCAAAGAACAUCCCGGUCCGAAGUUCACAAUGGAAACUACGAGGGGAAAAAAACUUGAAAAAACUGAGAAAAAUUAUUCUAAAUUAUUUUUGGAAAAUUGUCUAAUGUAAGAAUUUCCGCUAGACUUGAUAAUUAAUUUUUAAAUAUAGGUUUUGAACGGCAAAAAAAACUUCCGCCUGCUCGUGAAGGGACCAAAAAACCCAGUGAAAAGUUCCGCUUUCAAGUUUCACAUUUGUUAUGUUCACUUUGGAUUUCAUCAACUUUUGUCCUCAUCCAAUCUAGUUUGACUCCGCGCGACCUUUGCAGCUUUUUCGAGGCUCAUGAAUCAUUUCGCGAGUUUCGCUGCAAGUUUAGGGUACCGUAGAUUUGGCUUUUCUUUUUUUGGACUUUUGAUUUUAGGAUAGGAAAUAAUGGAUUCAAAAAUUGAAUAUGUUUUUCUUUAACCGUUCACAAUAUUAGGAACAUUGAAAAAAACGAGUAAUAUGCAAUGGCUCUUGACAGCUGUAAAGUGGUGUCCCGACUCCAAACGGUUUGCGCGCUCAGGCAUCGGGAAACACCGAAGCAUUGUUCAAAAAUGAGUCAGAAGGCCCGACCGCAACGCAACCGUGACGCCCGGGAGUCAUUCCAAGGGCGAACACGGUUUUUUCAAGCCCACUAGAGUUUUCUUUCAAUCAACUAGAUCCAAUGAGAAGCCAAAUUUUGAACAAUCUUGAAAUUUGAGUAAAAUCAUGUAGUUCAAAAACUGACCUGAUUAUCGUAUAACGUUCAAAGGUUUAUAAAAAAGACAUAUCUUCAAUCUCAGAACAAGAACCCUGUUUUGUUUUUUUUUUUUUGCUCAGAAGUGAUGAUACUCUACAAUCUCAUCACUAAUCUCUUCUUUUUUCAAUGAUAUCGAUGAAUAAAAGGCUUUGAUAUUUCGUAGAUUUACUACCUAUCUUCUUUCUUUCUUUCAAAGAAGGGAUUUGAAUUUUUUUUUUCUCACACCUAACAACAAAAGUUCCUUUGAAGAGGCGUGGAAAAGAUAUAUCUAAAUAGUUGUUCCAUGAGCUUCAAGAACCCAAGAGCAAAGAAGGAUUAGAACAUCAUUUCUUCCUUUUUUGGUAAUCCACCCGUUCCGAAUGUUUGUUCCCUUCUUUUCUGACCAUCUGAAAGUGGCUCGAAAGUCCCCAGCGAGUUGCGGGAGGCUUGACAAUUUGAGGACAAAAAAAAGAACUCGUUUCGUUUAGACUUUUUCAUUGCGCCGAUGUCUAGGCCUUGUCACGAAAAAAUGAGAAACAGAAAGAAACUUUUGCAAAAACUAAUUACUUGUCUCGAAAGAAGAUCCCCCGGUCAGACGACUCCUAAUGUCGUGGUUAUUAGAAGAUCCAAGUGACUUUUCGUCUUUUUGAACUUUUCACGCUGAUUUUUAGAGUUAGGAUGAGGUUGAAAAAAUUCUUUUUUCAUUUUUGCGCUUCAGAAAAAAAUUUUGAAACUUUCUUUGUUGAUAAUUUUGCACUGAUAAACAAAUAAAAAAGAGAGAAACCGCUCAAGGUCGGGCGCAGCUAUUAGAAAAAACAGAAUUUCGUUUUUAACGCUUUCCAGACGGAAUACUUUGAUCUAUCAAUUUUGAUUUAAUGACAUUUUUAGUCUUAGAAAACUGAUUAUAACCAAGUUUUGAUUCUGAAUUAUGACCUUGAUGCUUGGAAACCAAUAAAAAUCGAUCGCUUCUUUACCCAAUGCAAUCAAAAUGAGUUUCGUUGUUUCUUCUUUUGUUCCGUGAGUGUAGUUCUCGAACUUCCAUUCGAAGAUUGGUGCAUCAACUCGAGGAGUUUCAAGCGGAAAUUGCGUCUUUUUGUUGUCAAUCUUGAAUUCCUGGGUUCCAAAGUUCCAGGACUUUUACUCAAUGUUCACUUUUCUCUGUUUUGAAGUCAUAUCUUUCAAAAUCUUUGGAGAGAUUUUCGAAUAUCUUCUUAUCUAGUUCUGAAUCGGGCCAAAAUUCCAUUUUCAGCCAUCAAACAAGAUCUUCGAGGUUUCAGGAUUUUACCUUGUCUCAAGAAUUAUUUGAGAAAAGUUAUUGGAAACAGCAGAAAAAAUCCCAACUUUCAAAGUCUACGAAUAAAAAUCAAAUAUUCUACAAUUUUUUCUCACACCCUGAGACAAAAAUAAUUGAGUUAGAAGAGAAAUUACGUCAAUUUGUACUUUAACCGUGCGAAAGUCGUUUUUUUUUCCAAUUUCUUCCCUUCAUUCUAGUUGGAUGGCUGUGAACUUUUCCCCGCGCAUUUUGAAUGCUUAGCCUCACUUUUCUGUUUCACAUUCUUUUAUUUAGAAAUAGGAAGGUGAGUUUGAAAUUGCUACGACAUUUGUCUUUUUUUUAAAUCAAGUCUCCCUUUUACUGCACAUAAAAGCUUCACUUACUUAGGAACGCCAAAGUGGUCUUUUUAGGGGCAACUUUAGGGGCCUUGAAUCAAAAAAAUCAACAGAGGAUUAAUCAAUCGAGUUUCAUUAAAUAAGGUCUUCUUAAUUUUACAAAAUUAUAACAAAAAAUUUAAAGACCCUGGUAGGGACCACUUAAGCUUUGGGGACUGAGGGGUCAGGCCGCUGAACCCCACAGGGACUACCUCAGUUUGAGCCCUCUAGGGGCUGUUUUAUUUUUCUCUAAACCAUGUAGGGACCACUCUGGCGUCUCUAGGAAUCCAAAAAGCUUUCCAAUUUUCGGACUAAUACCGCCCAAAAAAAAUGAUCCCAAGGUAGAGAAUAUUCAUCGUCGUAUAUAUUUCCUAUAAUUGAUUUAAUGAUAGCCUUUUCUGUCUCCAGAAAAUCAUCUCCAACAAAAUAAGAGCCAAAGAGGGCGCAGGUGUUUAGAAAGGAAAGCGUUGAUUGGCUCUUUUCCCUUCAUUCGAUCCCCUUUUUUUCUAAUUUUGCUGAAGCGUUCGUUCCGUAAUUUGAAAUAACGUUGUAGUCAUUCUCUGAUCCGCCUUUUUCUGUUUCACAAGAUUUUUUAGAAACGAAAAGUUUCUUGAGUAUCAAAUCAGGCCACGCCCCCUUGUUGUGUCUUGGAGAACCUCAAAAAAAACUGCUUUUCAGUCAACGAAAAGAAUAGAGUUUAGAGUUUUUUUUUAUCUACAAGCAUAAAAUUUGAGUUUCAUUUCUCGGAUAUUGAUUAACGUGGAAAUAUCUUCCAAGCUAUUCAGAGAAAGUUUUUCCUUUCAGAAGCAUGGAAAACAAUUUUUUGAGGAAUCCAUCAUAUUUUCUGAAAUAAAGUUCAAAAAACUUUUCGCCUUUUCCAAAGCUUUUUUGACAACUCAGCUCCCGAUGCUUACCUUUUACGGGCUUACUGAUGGCUUAAAACCCUUCAUUUUUUUAUUGGGUCGAUGUUUGAAAGCUCGAUGAAUCGAGAAAAAAAAAGAAUCCGUAGAUUUUACGCUAAUACUCAAAUGCUGACGUUUCCACAAAUCUGUUAUCAGCUGGCUUAUUUGUAAAAGUCGCUAAAUCCGUCUGGAGAAGCCAAAAAAAGGCCUCGGAACGGGGGAAGUUUUUCGACAAGAAUCUUUUUCCGGCCGUUUUCCCCUUCUGACGCGCAUUUUUCGUCUUUUGACUUUCAACCCAAUUUUCUUCGCGUUUAUUUUCAUCUUGUAUUCGUGUUGCUGGCCACAAACAAAACCAAAAACUCGCCCUACCGUCUUAAUUCAGCCGAAAAUUUUCUAUUUGUGGCAAAAUUUGACACGUCUGUUUAUUAAACAUGCAUCACAAAACUUGCUAAGAUCUCAAAAAUCUGGCAAAAAAAAUUAUAUUUUUUUCCUUAAUGAACUUGGAUGCGUUGUUACAAAUAUUCUCUCUUUUCGGGACCACCAAAUAUGGUAGCGGCUUUUUGAACUCGAAAUGACGCGCAAUGAGAUUACGUCCAUUUGGAAGAUUAUCUGUGCCGCUUCCGUCUUUUUUUUAUAAUUGGUCGGGUCAAAAACCAGAUUUUUUUGUCUUUUUUGGAAGGGAGAAUCGGAAUCAAGAGGUUAACAAAAUUUUAAACUUUAUUCUCCAUUGGCCAGUUAUUACGAAAUGUGAAAACACAACUUUCUGUUUUUUUCAAAAUUGUAAGAAUGGAUAAAAAAAUCAAAAAAAAUAGUUCAAAUUGCUCAACUUACGAAUUUUUUUCCUCUUUUUACAGUUUCAUAAAGUCAUAAUAAAAAAAGAAAUAGAAAUCAAUUAUUCGAUUGUCCAGACUUCUCAUCGAGGAUCGAGCUUGUUUUCAAAAAAACUUUUUUUAGCAUUAAAAGCGACAAUUUUUUUAAAAAAAUAUUUAAAAAAAGAAAAUAUUAUUGGUUUUCCUAACCAUGAAGCUUCAAAAGGCCCCUACACAAAAAUUCGAGUCUUUUUUUUUCUAUCGUCUCCAUUUUUGGGGUGAAUUUCAGCGCCUUUCUAUUUACUAUGCAUUUAAAACGAACUUUAGAAAGGAAGAAAAGUUUCUGGAAAGAUGAAGAAGUCGAGAAAAAAAAAAACUAAUCCAUGUGUUUUGCUCGCUCGGUUUCCUCUAUUCCGAGGCAGAAUGCGGCAAUUGUUCAAUUUGUAUCCUUCUUUAGAUCUUUUUCAAAUUUUUCAGCACCUUUUUUGGUAGGUUCAAACUAUAGGAGCAAUAAAUUAACUUCCCUGUAGAAAAUAAGAAGUUUGGAGAUUUUGGUAGUGUAUUUAUCUCAAUUUUCAGUCUUGGUUCUCUGAUUUUAUAAAUUUUAGAGUCGUUUUUCGAUUUAAAAAUUUUUUUCAAUGUUUCGAGAUCAAUUUUUACAGUUCCUUUCUUCACCAUUUCAUUUUCGGGUACCAAAAAUAAUUUCAAAGCUUACAAUUCAAGUAAAAAUUAAAAAAGGAGAACUGAACUUGAGAUUUUAAAUACAUUUUUGAAAUUAUCAAAUCAGGAAGUUUUUUUGAAGAAACAUCCUACAAGGAAGCGUUUCGUUGCAAGACCCUAAACUGGGUAUUUUCUAGUCAUAUUAAAUUUUUAAAGACACCAGACACUUUUUUAAUAAAAAAAUUUUCACAGAAUAUAGAAAUUGAACCAAAAAAACAAGCUUCUGACACCAUUUGUCAAAAAAAUGUUAAACUUUUUCGAAAAUUAACAGGGUUUUUCAAAUUUGUGUAUGUAUGUUCGAUUUUUGUUUCUUUUUUCUAUUAUUUUUGCUCGAUGAGAACAUGCGGAAAUUGGCACAUGAAUUGUUGAAUUGCGUUUCAAACAAAUUGGACCCACCGGGGCCACUUUUUAUUUCAUGAAUUUCGGAGCCACGGCGACACGUGAAACGUUUCCUUGCCUUUUUCCCGAGUUCUUGCAUCAACUCAAGCGGUCCGGAACUCCAUUGUAGCCGUUCUGGGCGAACGGGUAGGAUUUGCAAAUCGCAAGACAAAAAAAGCCAAUUUUUUAUUAAUGGACCUGGAUUUUUUUUCUAGGUGAGCCUGAAGACUUUCGAGCUGUGUUUGACGACUUUUUUUUCCUAGAUUGCAUAGUUUUGAAGCUUUAAUUGAAACUUUUUUUCUCAAUUUUUUUAAUAGAUCUUUUUUUUCCUUCCGUUACACAUUUUCAUGAAGUUUAAAAAUUUUUAAAUUAAAAUAAGCCUCGAAAAAGCUCAAAAUGCGACAGGAAGGCGAAAUACCUACAGGGAAAUUUUUUUAGUGGCCACUAUAGAGGCUCGCCAAGGUCUACUUGAGAGGACACUGAAGUGGCCAAUAAACUCACCUCUAUAGCCACUAUUUUCGGUUUUAGUGGCCACUGCAGUAGUUUUUCAUCCAGUAUUCCUUCCAGUAACUCUGAUAAUUUUAAACCAAACAGAUUGGACCAGUUAUGUUGAUCCAUUGCCCCUAAAGUGGCUACUAAAGUUUUUAGUGGCUUACUAGUAGCAAUUAGAUCUCUAUAGCGGCCACUAACUUUUAACCACUCAAGUGGCUACUAACUUGACUACAAUAGUGGCCACUAAAAAAGUUUCCAGUAUUAUUAUUAUUUGCCUUCAAAUUGAGAUGCGCAAGUCAAAACUUUCACAGAGUUUGUCUCGAAAAAGUCUGAAAGGUCUGCGAAAUCCAUAAAAUACAGCUUUUGAGCUGCUUAUUUAUUUUAAAAUAAAUCUACUUUUUCUGACGUGAGAUAUGAAAUAUACAGCCUUUAUUCUUUCCAAAAGUCGCAUCUAAAUAAAAUAUCUUUUUGAAGGCAUUUUAAGGGGAUUAGUUUUGCGAGAUAAUGUGCAGUCACUGGAUAUAUAAAAAAUAAAAAUGAGCCGUUUAUAUUUCGUUUUGAGAAGUUUCCAAGUAAUGUGAUCCAUUUUUCAUGCUAGAUAAAUUAUUAUCACAUCUUCUGGAAAAAUAUUACCUAACGUAAAAAAACAAAGAUAUGGAAGAAAAACAAAAAUCGAGAAUUAUUCACGUCUCAGAAUCAUCAGAAGUUUUGAAGGAUAAUAUUUUUUCGCAAAUAUCACAAUAUUUUUUUGAAAAAUAAGUUCUCCAAUGCACUUUGUUUCCAUUCUAUCCAUUUUUUGUUAUUUCCUGACCCGUUCCAGAGUGAAAUGCCAAAAACGAGUAUCAAAGCAUUUUUGGUGAAAGGUAACAUUGGACGUCGAUUUUUCACCUGGCAAUUAUAUUCCCACAAACGGCCUAUAUUUAGGCUUUCUUGAGAGAUUUUUUCUUUUUCUCAUUAUUUUUUCUCGAAUGUUAUAAAUGACGAGAGAGCUCUUUUUUUGUACUCUUCAAAAGUUGUAGUUCAUCUUUUUCCGUUGUUUUUUUGAUUUUUUCGUAAGAUGAGUCAAAAUAUGAUGAAUAAUCAGAAAAUGAGAUUUUCCAGCCACUGAAGUGAAUGAAGGUACGAACGAAAAGCCUCAAAAUUGCAAAGUUUUCCGCCAACUCGUAAAUAUUUAUGAGAAAUUCGAUUUCGACUUUUGUUUUGGUCUAUGCUGACAAAAGGAGAAGCUCGGAAGGUCCUCGAGAAACCCUAAAAUGAAUAAAUUUCGAGAAAUUUCGAAAAUAAGCUUGAUCUUUUCAUUUUUCUUCGAAAUAGGCUACUGUGUUGCAGCUAGUCUAUUCAAUAAUACUUUCUGGAAGGUUAAAGGGGCAUUUUUUAAUUUUUCUCAAGACGAUAAGCUAUUUCUCAGUGUUAUUUGAAGCUGAAAAAAAAAUCUUUCUCCCCACCUUCAAGUUCUCCAGAAGUUUUUUUCUUUUGAAAAAUUCUUAACAUAGAAAAACUUUUAUUCCAUUUUUAUUUUCAAGGUGGGAGAUCUCAUUCCAGACAAAAACAAAAGAUUAAGAUAAUCUGUCUAGUUUUUUCUUGCUCUUUCGACGAAUUUUAUUAGAUCCUAGAUAUCCUUCACGCAGUUAAAAUUAUUACUUCUUGGAAAAAAGGCUUAAGAGUAUGAAAAUUGUACGUUUAGUACCUUGGUGAUCCCUUGCCGUGGGCAGAGAAUACGUGAAGUUUGCUCGAUAAUUCUCAUUUCUUCUUCCAGAAACGGUCCAAAAAGCAUCUUUGAUAAUCGAGGCGGUGAUGUUGAUCAACCUGCAAAUUUUCGAUUUCAAAGUUCCCUCGAGGGUUUUUUUUGGUUGUUUUGCAACAUCGGCCAACCAGCAAUUAUUUCUAAAUGUUCGAAAAAAAGCUUUGGAAAGGGAAGUGAAAAAGAAUUUUUCGUGUUUUUCGAGGCUUAGUCCAUUUACAACCGUUCGAUAGAGUUUUUGAAGGCGGAUCUGAAAAUUAUUCUUUUUCGAAAUUUCUGAAUAUUCAACUGAUAAGCUUUUUUCCAACAAGAUAAAAUGAAGUAUUACACGGAAAAGUUUUGCAGAAAUACCACCAAGAAGCUUCCUUGUCACUGAAAUCAUUCAAAAACGCCUUUUUUUCCCUUAUUCCAUUCAUUCUUGAGCUCGUCUAUCUAUUCAUAUAUUAAUUUUUACGUCACAUUCAUUACUUCCUUCCUAUGAGUCUUCUUUUUCUCAGCUUUUCUUCCUUUUUUGGCAUUUAUUCCAAUAUUUUUCGAGGCCACUUUCAGUGCAAAUAAGGAAGCAAAAAUGAUCGAAAGUGCCUAGGAAAAACGUCCUCCGGGGACUUUUCGCGGUGGCUCCAAUUUUCCGUGGCGUCGCUACUUUUUUUUAAUAUUUUUAUUUUUGUUUCCGCGUGUUUAACCUUUUUACUUGCGUAAGUGGUACUCGGGUUCGUUGAAUGGCAGGUGAAAAAUCAAGCAGAACAGAUUGGAUUAGGAAAGGCAGUUAGAACGACGCGCGGACAUCGUUACUUUGUAUUUUUAUCACCUCGUUGGGGGUUAACUGUCUAGUUACGGAGUUUGCUUCCUGGAAGUGUAUUUUGACCGACUUUCUCUUUCGAGGGUUUCAUUUUCACUUUUCAAACCUCUUCAUGAGCAAACUCAUAGAAAUUCUUGGAAUCAUCUGUUUUAAAGACAUUAUAAAUAAGCUUCAGUCCCAGGUGAAAAUUUUCGCCCUCAAGUUUGUCGGAAACUCACCUGUUUUAAAUGAGAAAUGUUCAGUUUCUGUCUCAUUUUUGCUAGGUUAGGUUCGUUUCUACUAUUUCGUAAUCUGGAAGGGAAUCUAAGGAAGAACUUGUUAUGUAGGGAGUUUGUAAAUUUUCAAACGUGAGGGCGAAAAUUUUCUUUUUUUCAUUUUGCUCCCUAAUACAUCAUAUUCAGAAAUCUGUACUUAUCUAAGAUCCUAUACAAAGCUUAGUUUUGAUUCCAUCUUUAUCAUCCCAAUUUCAACUAACAAAACUCUGUAAAAGUUUGUAAUUUCAUUCGUUAAGGGUCAUUCGAAAUUUCAAUUGAUUUUAACACUUUCAAAAUGUUUUUCCUUCCUCUUUUCACCGUUUACCGCCUUUUAGUCGAUAAUUAGUCACACCCUCACUUUUUCUACCAUUUGAAUUAGCCCAGUUUUCGGCCAGAAUGUUUUUGUCUUAUUUCAAUCGACUAAAUUGCCUGAAAAGAACACACAAACACGCGCCAAAAACGAGACUUUGCUGUCCUGUCUUUCAGAUGAGAGAAAAGGAAAGGAAGUGACUUCUGGCUGGUUAGUUUGUAGUCUGGAUCAAGUGCUAUUUCGAUCUAAUGACAGACUUCUGGUGAUGAAAGAUUGCGACAUGUUGGAAUACGAUUACUUUCGUAUCAAAGUCCUCGAAUGUAAGCUGAAAAUUAGCUGUGGAGCGGAGAAGUUCCGGUCUACGGCUGUUUUUAGCCUAAGGAGGGGUUUUUUCUUGAGAAUCUUUCAAUGAUCACAAAGAUCUUCCUGUAUAUAUUCACGAAAAUUCCUCAAGUUCUAGGAAAGUUAUUUUUUAACGAGAUUUCUGUAUUUCAUUUUAACUUGUGAUGAAAAUAAAUGAAAUUCCUACCGAAAAAUGUUCGAUUGAAGCUGUAUUUCCUCCAUGUGGAAUUGAUAGUUUCGUCAGAUUUUGAUAACGAAAAAUUCCUCCAUUUAUCAGAUAUGAAAAGUUCAGAAUCUCACAUAAAAUUCUACUGGGUAUAGAAUAGACCAUCAAAGUAUCAAAGUAAAGUGAAUAAGUAUGGAAAAAAAGAUCUAUGUCUCAAAAAAGAAUGUUUGAUUCUCUCUUGCACCCAACCAGAUUCUUUAUUUUGCCUCGCUUUACCUAUGCCAUUCACCAUCAUCUCUGAAUGGCUACCAAGGAAGUCCAAUUUGAUGUUUGGACUUUUGUCCUCGAGAAAAAGACGUUCAAGCCAAGUGUCUUUCCGUUUGGGACCUUAUUACUGGAGGCGACCUCUUUUUCGUUGUAAGAGACCUUUUUCGCCUUGUUUCACCAUCAGUGUAAUAAGGUUAGCGUUGGUCAUCCAGACGGGUCAAAAGCAGUCUUUUUCCCUAGCUCCGCCCACUUCGAAGAGUUGGAGAGUUUCAGCUCCGAGUUUCGAGCCAAGAAGAAUUUUAAUAUUCAGAAAAAAAAAGUUAAUAUUAGCUUCAGUAGGCUAAAUGGCCGCGUAAAUUUGUGCUCUAUUGAGAAAGACCAGUUGAACUUUUCUGAGCUCAUUUUUCUGAAAUAUUCUCUUAUUGGUUCGAUUUUUGGGUUCAAUUUGAAACAUAUUGUUUUUUUUUCACUCAAUAAUCUUGAAAUUUUCUUUCUUUUUCGAAAGAAUCAGUAAAAUCAUUUCAAAAUAGCUUCAAAAAAUUUAUCACCUGAACUUUUUGAAUUAUUGUUUCCGCCUGGUUUAUCAUUGGAGCACAUAUUUAUCCAGCUGCAAAGCUGAUAAUUUUCAAGCUGAAAUUAUGAUCAUUUUCAAACCUAUCUUCAUACAUGGGCACUGCAUUUAAAAUCCUAUUAAACUCAAAAUUUAUGAUUUGAACUCCACGUGCUUGAAGUAAUUAUGGACGCUUUCUUCCAGAGGACUCCAUUUUCUUCAAGCUUCCGAGUUAACUUUCUGGGCUUGGACUUUUCUCUCCCGACGUCCUUUUCCUCGGAUCUGCGUACUAUCGCCGGGAUCUGUCAGCACCCUCAUGGCGUCUCCUCUUUUUCGAACGCUAAUUAGAUUUCCAACGGCUUUUCGCACCGUCAAAUAAGUGCGCGAAUUAUUUUUUUGUUUUGUGUUGUUUUUCGAGGAAUACCGCCGCACUUUGUUAUGUGCUCUGAGGGGAUUUUCCGCCUUUUUCGGCCGUCCCAUCCAGCCUCGACGAUAAAGUGCAUAUUCUCGGGUGUUUUGGCCAUAUUUUAUUGCCGAGAAUUUUCCAGGAGGAAGAAGAUGCGACUAUUCCACUUUGCCAGUCGAAAAUAGUCCAUUCUUGGGUAUUUUUGGGCUAUUUUUUGAGGUUUUGUAGAGGAGGGCGUUCUUUUGCGUUUUUUUGAAAAUUAACCUGGUUCAAACGCAUUUUUUGUCAUCCCAAUUGAAACUCUUAUAGGAGGUGAUUCUAAACCAUACAUUUUUGUGUGAAUUUACCUGCAAAAUUUUUAAAAACAAUUAAUUGAUCUUUCUACGGAAGAAUGUGGCUUAUACUGUGCAAAAUUACUUUUUCAGUUUUCUUUUCAAGCUUUGCUUCUUGUUUCAUUCAUUGACUAAAACCUUCCAUCAAACGGGCACCAGUGAUCUUUCUGAAAAUGUCUCAUCAAACUUCGAAUAUACGUUUUGAAGGAUUAUUCUGUUGUCCAAAAGUCUCCGAAAAAUGUUUUCGGACAAAGCUCAGGAGCUCCUUUUCGGAAAAUAUUGUUUUAAUCUUUGAAGAAAGGGAAGUUCCAUCUGAUGUUUGAGAAGGAUCAUGCGCUUACAUUGUUUUAGCUUCUCAUUAAUAUUCUGGAUUCUUGAUUUUUGCCCUUCUCUUCAUUCACAACUUGAUCGGCUAUGAGUAGGAGGUAUCACUUUUAUUGUUCUUUCUAACAUUUUGCAGGAAUUACUAAACGUUUCUGUGACCAAAAAUCUUACAAAUACUCGAAAAAAGUCAAUUGUAAGUCUCAUGAAAAGCGUUCUCAGCCAUCAUCAUCAUAGUCGCAUAACAAAAAAAGGCAAUUCUCAUCCACUUGGGUCUUGGCUGUUUAGGGCGGCUCGGCGAAUGAAUAAAAAGAUUUGGAGGAACCUCCAAAAAAAUACUCGAAAAUUCAUCUUCCGUUCAUUUUCUCUUUUUUUCCUUUUUUGUUCGCAUUUUUUAUGAUCAUUGAGUUUUUUGGAGUCAUUUUGAUCGAGGAAAUGAGAAACACAUCUAAAGUUAUUGUUUCGUUCUUCUAUCAAGUUUAUUUUUUUUCGUAUUCGAUUUGAGAUAUUUUUUUUCUGCUUUCUUGUUAACCUUCUGUUUUGUAGGUACCAUGUAAAUGUUCGCUUCAGGACUUUCACCUGUUCAAAAAAUCCCACGGAACUUUUAUUUUCACUGUUUCAAACUAGCCGUGUAUAGAAUAUGUAUAUGAGAAAGUUAUUCGAUUUGUCUUUCAACUCAUCAAAAUAAUCGAAAAAAUACAUUGGAAUAUUGAUAUUUUGAUUUCACCAAUGAAAUUGAAUGGGAAAAAAAAAAAUCAGUUCGUCUUUUUUUUUGCUUUUCGUUUCACAACCUAGCCCAAUAGGCUGCAAGUAAUUGUUUUUGCAAAUAAACAAAGCAAUUUUUGUUUAUUCUGACGUGUUUUUCGAGUCCUUCUUGUCGGAAUUUUGUCGAGUUCGUCUAAUCAGAUAGGAAGAGGAAGAUUAGAACCCCCGAGGCAAAUUGGCUGUUUCGCCGGAAAUUCUUCGCCACAUAAAAAUGUAUUAUAACUUCCGGUGGAGUUAGUAGUUAAGUUCAAGUAGAUCAACUUUCAGUUUUAUAGUCUUGAAAGUAGGUUUUAAAGUAGAAUAAUGAUGUAGUGGAUGCGUGAAAAACACUUGCAGAUGUUAAGAUUCGAAAAUCGAAGAAAAAAAAUCACAGUAAAGUUUACUAGACGUCAGGAAUUCAGUUCUACCAAGAAGCUCAAGAAAAAUGCAGGCAAAUUGAAAAAAAGAGCAAAAUAGCUUUUUAGGAACGUUCUGAGGUCUUCUUUCGUAUCCUUCUAGAUUGUUCUAGAAAAGAUCUAUCCUCACUUGCCCACGAUAAUGAUAUCUUACUUAUUUUGCAACAUGAAAGAUUCGGACCGAAAGGAGUUGUAAGAAGGGAGUUGAUGGGUGAUAUUUAUGUGGUUCCUCAACGUAUUGCAGCUGUUACUUUGAGAGGUGCGUGAGAAUUCCGCAUGUGACCACUUUCCCCGUUUUUUUUUUCUUUUUUAUUUUCACACAUUUUUUACUAUGUUAUUUUUGAAACUCCUUGCAAGGAAUCAAACUAAAAACGGAUUGAAACCUCCUUCGCGCCUGAAUGAAUCGAGACUCUGUCUGGCUUCCUUUAUUGAAGGUUUCUCAAGUUUAUUAAAAUCCUUGAGCUUUUAGUUUGGUCUGAAACCUCCCUAAGCUCGAAAACUAGUUUUGAAGAUCUUCGUUUUGGUGUUCGGACUUUUGUUUUUUUAGUGUUGAUGUCGAAAUUUGAAGUUCACAUUUUUGGGGACGCUUCCGAAUAACUUUCCAUUCUCGAGAUCUACAUGCUCCUUUUUCGGCCAAUAGUUUACUGAAGCUAAUCCGAAUUAGUGUAGGAGAAGCCAACACGUGGCUCGAUUUUCCCAUUUCCGUAAGGAUCAUUCAAAAGUUUAGUGUAUAUUUCUCUUCAAGACUGACGGUUCUUUGAAAAAUGAGAAGUUGAACCUUUUUCCGUUUGAGUUGGACUCUGAAAUUUGUUUUUCAUGUGAUUUUGGCGACGUCAACCGGUCAGGCAACUCGGUUUGAUACAAAGUCAACGGAGAAAAUAGCAUGUUUGAAGUUAAUUGAUAGUUAAGAAACGUGCCUUUUCCUCAAAACUUUCAAGCUUUUUUGACAUCGAUUUCUUCUCAACUUGCUGCAUUACGAUUAUAUUUUCCAGAUGAAAAUAAAUUAUUCCUAAAGGGAAUGUGGCAAGAUUAGUUCGCAUCUUUUGGAGUUUGAAAAUUGCCAUAAACUGGGUUGAGUUUUUCAGCAUCAGCAAAGUUUAAAAGGUCUUUUUGAGACCCUUUGAAGACCUUUAAAAAAGCUCCUGAAAAAUUCCCUAAUAAGGUUCAGUCCCUCCUUUUUAAUGAACUUUUCAACACCAUACUUCUUAAAAGGCCGUGAAAAAGGGCGCCAGAAAAGACUUAUAAAGGUCUGAUUUCCAGAAAAUCCUUUUGGGGCUUUAUCCCUUUCUCAUUCCUCAUUUUGCCUUUUUGAUCCGUUGUUUCAAUCCAAAUGCUCGGCAAACCAAAGCGAUCAGCCGUAGUUUGCUCUCCGAAUUUGGCUUCCGUCUCAAUUCAUUUUUUCACGUCUUCGCUGCAUUUUUCAAGCUCGUUCAUGCGCAUUGCAAAGAUAAAAGUAAUAUCCACCGGCUGGCCAAUGAAUAAAUUAUUCGGACAAGAGUCCAUGAAAUAAUGAGGUCUCUCUGAACUCCUUGACAUCGCUUAUCUUAUUGUUUUAUUCUUGAGAAGUCAAUUUCGGUAUCUGUUUUCUAUUUUUAGUUGUUUCAGGCAACUGAUGAGCGGGCAGCCGAGGAACUGCUCGUACAGAUACUCAUCUCCAGACACGAUAACUUCGAUUGCUCUCUGGAUCGAUGUCAGUUUUCCUUUUUCCAAAAAUUUUUGGAAGUGACUCCAAUUUUCGCCGAAUUGGAUCACCUUAGCUUGCAGACUUCCAACUUGCAAAAUUGCGAAGUUUCCUUUCUUCCUCCAUCAUAUAAGUCUUUAAAAAAAGUUUUGAAAGUAAACUGGAGUUUUUCCUAGGUUUUGUAACCAUGAGCGAUAUAACGAAAAAAUCUGGCCAAAAUAUUGAGAAUUGAUUUUCUAAAAAAAUGUUAGUUUUUUGAAUUUUCACAAUUAAUUUACGUUAAUAAUUAUCACUAUUAGAUGUCAAUGGUGGUUAAUUUUAUACUUUAAAUUUCUUUCUUUCGUAAUGAAAGACUCAAAACUGACGGCGGUCGUUUUCUGAUUAUUCAGAAAUUUCAAUAUGACGUAUUUUUUUAUUUUUCUGUGAGUAUCUUCGUUUUUUUCUAAGUAUAUUCAAUAAAAUCUCAAAUUUACAUUUUAUCCGUGGCUUUUUAUAGCUUUCUUAAUUUUUCAAAGCUUUUUGAAAACGUUUUGGAACGUUUUGCAAUGAAAAUAUUAAUUUCGAUAGGUGUUCAUCAACUGAGUCUCCGUUUUGAAGAUUCAAAAUCCAAAAACAUUUUUUUGUUUUUGUUCUAACGCCCUUUCCCUAUCCUUUUUUUCCUUUCAAAAUUUCAAAAAGUGUAUAAGAACAUAAAUCUUCAAUGAUUCAUUGAAAGAGAACGUACAAGGAACGAAAUCGUCAGAAAGAAUUGAGUUAAGUGAUUCGAUUAGGAAAAAAAGGAUAAGCGUACCCUGUGUUUCCCAUCUUCUUCUCAAUUUUUCUGCUGAGAAGGCUGGAGGAACUUUUCGUUUUUUUGCGAUUUUUGAAAAAAGAAAUUUGCAGGGUCCAAUCACAGGAAUCGCAGUGCUUCUUUCCCUGUUGGGAGCCAGAUUUGCAGUACGGUUUCUAUGGAGAGCCGGCCUGAAUAAAGAGCUCACAGCUGGUUUGUUUUUUUUUCAGAGCUUUGAUUUUCUGAUUCUGUGAUUUAUACCAUUUUUUUUCCGCAUUUUUCACGUCAUUGAGCUAUAUUUUCCCCAAACCAAACCCUGAGAAAAAUUACCUUUUUUUCGACGUAGAGCUUUUGAUUGUUUGAUCCUAUGAUUCAUUAGUUUCAUUUUCAGCAGAUUUUCUCAAGCCAUCAAGCUAAUCGAAAAGAAAAAUGGAGCAUGAAGGUUUAGGGAGCAAAAGUACAAUGAAUAAAGCUGUGAGAAAAGUUAACUUUUUCGUUAUUGAUUUUUUUUUUUGAGGAAAAAAUGGUCAUUCAGUAUCAAUUUUGUCCGUCUAGUGAGCACAACUUUCUCAACAAAUGAUUCAUGAUUUUUAGAAGCUUCAAGUUGCAAAAUAGCUAUUAAUAAGUAUUUUUCUAAAUGUAACUGCUUAUUAGUUAGUACGAUUUUGGUGUUCUUUGGUAUAGUAGGUAAUUUGUCUAGCAAUGGAAAUAGAAACUUUUUUGAGAGCAUCAGGACAUGCAAUUUCCUAAAUUUAUCUAAUCAGCUUAUGAUUCGCUUUUGGAAAGUAUCAGUUUGAAAAUUUAUUCGUAUUUUUAGAAGCGGUGAAACAAUUUUUAGUUGUAAAAAAAAGUGGAGCUGGCCCAGAUCGGAUGAAAUUCUGAAAAAGUUGAAGAAAUAAACUUUUUCUAACUUUUUUCGAAAAUUCUAAAUUCUUUCGUGUCUUUUCUAAUCUGAAGUUAUAUAUUGAAUGGCCCUCGGUCUCAGAAUCAUUUUUGAGAGUUCCAUUAUAAAGAAAAAAAUUUUGAAAAGGCAUCGAAAGCUGAAAAAAAAAUUGUGUUACUAUGACGUCAUAAAAAGAUCUGCCUCUUCAUGACAAGACUAAUUUCAGCACUGUUCAUACUCUGUGCCAUCGACAGUCUCCUCAUGAUCACAGUGUUCUUCUUCUACUGCAUAGAAGCCAUCGGAACCUUGACGACUGGCUCGAACAUCAUGUACAAACAUCAGGCGUUCACGACGUCAUUGCACGGCGUCGCCAGCAGUCUCACGACGUCUUCUGUGAGUUUCCCGACUCGAUUCAGAAGACAAAUCGCUUAUUUUUGUCUUUUUACUCAUGGGAAUUUAUCAUGUUUACGACACGUUCGUUGGGUUUUUGGAAACUCAUCAAUCAGGUUUUUGGAAGUUCACAAAAAGCUGGAAACUUUUUAGGAAGGUUGAAAAUAAUUCUGCGAAAGUUGUUUGGUUUCAAGUUGAAUAGGGAAAAUUGCAAUCUGAGACAGAAAAUAAUUGAAAAGCGGCCAAGAAAAAUGUAUUUUUGAGCAAGUUUCAAGAUCUCUUGCCGGCUUCAAGGUUUCUUCAUUUGCAAUGCAAUUUUUUCGUUUUUCAAUCGUGAGAUACAACAAGCGUGCGUAUCUUUAUGAUCGGUACUGUAAUGUAGUUUUCAACAUACAUUGGCAGAAAAACUCAAAAAAAAUAAAAGCAUAUUUCCUUUUUUUUUUGUCAUUUCACUCAUGGGAAUACUAUGUUUACGAGACGUUCGUUGAGCUUUUCAACCUCAUCAAUCAGUUUUUGAAGUCCAAAAAAGGCUGGGAAUCUGUUAGGGAGAGGAAAAUAUGGCUAGUAAUAGGAAAAGUAAGGGACUUCUGCUUGUGAUUUGGUUUAGCGAAAUUAUUAGGAUUUUAAAAUUACUGUACCAAAAAAUAUAGAAAUACUGAUACAUUAGCCCAGUUUGGAAUGUUUGAAUUCAUAAAAAGUUGUCCUGAAUAAAAACAUCCUAACUGCAUGCAAAUUUAGAUUCAGUAAUGAGGUUAUUUUUAAUCCACAGUUCUUUUGUAGGAAAUCCGUUUUUGCGUUUUUGAAAGGGUAGGAUUUUAAUAUGAGCUCAAAGAAUAAUUAAAUUUUUGAUCGUUGAGAAAAUUUUCGAAUUCCGUGAAUAAGAGGUUAAAGUUGAUUUCAUUCCCUUUUUCUAGAAAUUUCCGUAAGUCAACCACUCCUAUCGGAUUUAUUGGUUUUUUACUUGCCCUUGACUACUUUUCGAAUUUUUGUAAAACUCACACUUCCUUACUAGGGAAAAGGCUUGAAAUAUCUCUUUUUUUUUAUCACAAUUUGCCUAUUUUGCAAACUUUGAAGCUUCAUGAAUUUAAUGAAGAUCUAUUGCGCGAAAUUUCUUUUUCUACAGUACACUUUAAGAAAGUUUCCAGGAACUCAAAAAGUUCCCUAGUUAGAAAGAUUUUUGAAGAGACCGUUUUGCAGACGAUGCUGGUGAUUUACAUCACGUUUCUGCGAUUCAUGGUGGUGAUGCGGCCGAUGCGGUACGCGAGCAACUACGCGCGGAGCCGAAUGAGAACUGUCAGCUUGUUUCCGCUUCCCUCCUACGUAGGUGUAUGGCCCUUUGCACUGGUGGAUUAGCCCUUUUUUAGACUUUUUUUUCAGUCUGUCUUUUCCUCUUUGCUCCCCAGUCGAGUUUCCAUACAUCUUCCGGUGAAGUUUUGGCUUCAGAUAGGAGUUUCAGGAUAUUUUUGUCCCAGAAUUCUUCUAAGUGCUGUCCGCACCUUCUUUCCGUUAGAAGAAACCAAAGAUGGUCAACAACAAGCUCUUAUCUUGAAGCCAAACUUUCCAUUCACUAACUGUCCUCUUUCCUGAAUUUUUCAUGGAAAAUGAUAUUUUUACAGAGCUGUAAAGGCUACCGGAAGUGCUCUUCCUUACACGACGAGUCGAUAGUCAAUAACUCGAGUGCCCCGAGUAGAAACGCCUUUUCUACCUCGAGCGUCAAACGCAAGUUCAGCUUCAGAAAACUCAUCCGACCGUUUUUGUUUCCAGGUUUGGUUUUCGUGUACUUUAUGAUUAGCAAAAAAGUUGAAAGUCGAAAAAUUCCUUGUUUGGUUCUAUGCUGAUUUUUGACCAAAAUAUGAGUAUUUGAACUGAAAAAUUUGAAGUUUUCUCCAAUUUUUUGAAAAUAAUUUUUAAAUGAGAGCGUUUAUAAUAAUGUUGCUUCUCGAUUGAGUUCCUCGUUUUCUCCCGCGUGCGUAUAUUUAGAGAUGGGCUUUCAUUAAAGGAAGCAAAUAGAUGAUUUGAACUUUAUUUUGGUCCUUUUUGACACUUUCAAUUUGGAAGCUUAGGAAGUGAGAUGAAAAAUUGACAAUUUUGAGUCGAUUUGAGUAAGUUGAGUGGAAAAUAAGUUACAGGGGUUGGUGGCUACUUUUAAAAAGAAAAAAAAAUCACCUCCUCAUUCUUUUAUGAGACUUCAAGCAGUCUGACCUGUCUGCACUCUCUUUUCACUCUCCGUAAAAGUCGGAAAAUAGCUGUGAAAAUCGAGGUUAAGUAGGUAAAUUUGAUUUUUAGUUUAAAAAAAAGCUUCUAGUUGAGGUCACACUAUCCUCUUUCGCAACCGAACCUACAACUUUACUCAAAGUACUGGCUCAAUGACUUUUUUGCAGCCUUACUGGUGCUCCUGUGCUUCAUGGUGAACAUUCCGGUCUACUUCGAGUUCACCGUCGAAAAGUGUCACAACGUCGAGUUCGACGUCGACGCCUCCCAUCCAUUCCCGACGACCUUUCGAAAUACGGUAGGCUUCUGACCAACAAGCUCUGGCUCAUGAAUCAUUGAACGAUUCUCUCGGUUUUCCCAGGACUUUUUGUUUUUGCCUUCCACUGAAUAUUUCUUUUUUUGGGGGAGAGAAUAGCGACAAAUAGGCGUAAUUUCUAAUGGAAUUGCGAGGUUUAGCUAGGCUUCAGGGGGGAAAAAGAUCAUAAAUAGCCGCUUUUCUAUAGCUAUUUUCGCUGGAGUUUUCAAAGGCCGUAGGAACCAUACUGUAAAAAAUUCGGGUCAUACAAUCAAAUGAGUUUUUUUGAUUGCCGAAAUUAUAUUUUUAAAAAAAUUAUUUCCAAAGAUUAGCGAUGGAGCGCAUUUCACCUUAUACGAUUCAGUCCUUUUUUUCAGAAAAAAAUUUCUCAUUCCUAUUUUUCUAAAAUUAACCGUAAGGCUUUUUGAAAAAAACAAGGACUAGACAAAAAGUUGGAUUUCGAGGUAAAAGAAAAAAAAGAAAAAAAGAAAUAUAUAUAUAUAUAAACCCCCGAUGAGUCGGGAUCACAUGGAAACAGAAAAAUUGAUAUUUUUGAACACUGUUUGUAUCAUUUCUUAUUUUGUGAUAAAUAAAUUGCAGUUAUUUUUAAACGAGUCAUAAUAAAAUCAGAAAAAAAUUAAUCCAAUUGUCAUUUGCAGUUCUCGAGAUACAAAGCCGUUCUGAUGACGCUGACGCAGUCAAUCGGACCCGUCGCCACGAUUCUGAUCUUGUCCUUGAUGACUGAAUACCAAGUUCACGUCAGUCUGAAAGCCCGGAGAAAGUAGGAAAUCCAGUAAAAUAAUCAGAAGAUCAAUGGGAUUAUUCAGAUUGUUCGAAAGCCAACAAAGAAGUCGAGCCGUUGUACUUUCUGAAGAGCUGAAGGAACGAGUCUCAAGAACUGUUGCCAUUUUUAUCGCCGUCAAGUUUUUGAUUCUGAGGUCAGAUUUUGGGGAAAAUCAGGAAGAAGCUCUGCUUAGAUGAUUCUUUUUUAUUUUUCAAACUUCAACUAAAACUUGUUUCAAAGAAGAUAAGAAGAUUAAUUUGAGUUUAAAGAGAAGGUUUUUCAUUUCUCAAAAAGUUUGCUUGUUCGACAUCAUCAAGGUAGCUGAGGUUCUACGAAAAUCAAGCAUAGUUACCUGAGAAAUUAUUUAUCAAUUACUUGAAUUUCAGAAACCUACAGCGUAAGUUAUGACUUUCAGAAGAUUCUGAACUCUCAAAAUUUUGGUUUUCGUUGAAUUUUUUAGGAAUUUUCACUAUGAACCUUAAAGUACUUUUUUCCAUUUCCUCCCAAUUCUUGUGUGGGCGACAUUUUUUUUGGACUCACAAGCCAUGAUUUUAUUUCUCUAAAAAAUCAUCGACCUCACGAAAGAAAAUUCCAGAUCGAUGCCCGUCUUUUUCGACAUCUACGAGAACGUCUACGGAAUCGACCAGUUCGGCGUCGCCUUGUCUGUGAUGGUCCGAGUCUCGGAUUUCAUGAUCGUUUUGAACUCAGCUACCAAUUCGCUCGCCUAUUUUGGCAAGAAAGAGGUUCUUUCCUUCUUGAGACAACGGAAUAUGUAUUAUUCUUCUGAUUAAGGUGGUUGGAGAAGAAACUUCGGCUGAGGCUGCUCAAAAAAGAGGAAAAAAGACAGGCGAAAGCUUCGAUCAACGUCUCUGGAAGACUCAGUCAAGCGGUAGCAUUCCUUGUCUUUUUUCUCCUUUUGAUGAUGAAAUUCAGGGUCUGACGACUGAAAAAGAAGACAAGGAGAAGGAAAAACGAUUCUCCGUGGUCCAAAUAUCGCCCAAGGGAUCUUACAUGGCGAACUCUGGAUUCAAAAACGGCAUGGGACAUCCGCUCCACGCAGAAACGACUCCUUUAGUGGCCACUAUCAGCACCACUUCCAGCUACGACUGA